GUUUUUUGUUAACAAGGACAUCUCUUGUACUGAUUUUUGUUUCUUUUCUCUUUAGACUGAGUGGCUGUUUCCUCUCUAAGAGAAGCUGUGAAGCUUUGUCCUCAAUUCUGAGCUCCCAGUCCUGUAGUCUGACAGAGUUAGACCUGAGUAACAACAAUCUGCAGGAUUCGGGAGUGAAGCUUCUUAAUGCUGCUCUGCAGAGUCCACAUUGUACACUAGAAAGUCUGAGACUGAAUUGCUGUAACCUCUCAGGGAAAAGCUGUGAAGCUCUUUCCUUAGUUCUAAGCUGCCCGUCCUCCUGUCUAAGAGAGCUGGACCUGAGUGACAAUGACCUUCAGGAUUCAGGAGCCAAAUAUAUUUCUGCAGAACUGCAGAGUCUGCAUUGUACUCUGAAAACUCUGAGUCUGUCAGGCUGUCUGAUCACAGAGGAAGGCUGUACUUCUCUGGCCUCAGCUCUGAGCUCCAACCCCUCCCACCUGAGAGAGCUGGACCUCAGCUACAAUUAUCCAGGAGACUCAAUAGUGAAACUGCUGGCAGCUGGUCUGAAGGAUCCACAGUGGAAACUGGACACUCUCAGGGUGGAGCCUGCUGGAGUCCGAUGGUUGAGACCAGGUCUGAGGAAGUAUUCCUGUCAACUCACAAUCGACACAAACACAGUUCACACAAAGCUCAGACUGUCUGACAACAACAGGAAGGUGACACGUGUGGAGGAGAUUCAGUCAUAUCCUGAUCAUCCAGACAGAUUUGAUGUUUAUCCUCAGUUUCUGUGUAGAAAUGGUCUGACUGGUCGCUGUUACUGGGAAGUCGAGUGGAGAGGAAACAUUUAUAUAUCAGUGAGUUACAGACAAAUCGGAAGAAAAGGAAACAGUGUAGACUGUUUGUUUGGACACAAUGAUCAGUCCUGGAGUUUGCACUGCGCUGGUGAUGGUCCUCGUUGUGUCUGGCAAAAUAAAAGAUACACAUCCAUCUCCUCCUCCUCUGUCUCUAACAGAGUAGCAGUGUAUGUGGACUGUCCUGCUGGCACUCUGUCCUUCUACAGAGUCUCCUCUGACACUCUGAUCCACCUCCACACCUUCAACACCACAUUCACUCAAACUCUUUAUCCUGGAUUUAGGUUCAAUCCUGGUUCCUCAGUGACACUGUGUUGAGUUGGGUGUAAAGAGUGUCUCCUGUUAGAGAAACACUCUGACUGUUGAACAGGUAGUUCAGUCUGUACAUGUCUGUCUCUUUCACUCAGAAACGCGUUUUCAGAUUCAUGGAUUCAAUCAAUUGAUGUUUUAAACUGUUCUUUUUUUUUUUUUUUUUUUUUUUUGCCUGUCCCGUUUGGCUCUUUUGCCAUCAGAAUUAUUGUCUAAAGGCAAAGAAAGAUGCCCAACGGAUUUACUUUACCAAAUUGACCAUCCCAGCCUUCCCAGCCUUUUCCACUCAGCGCUUCACAGUGAAUACCAGUAUGUUGUGUUUCUCUGAAGCUCAGUUCUCAACCAGCUCCUCUGCAUUUUCAUCCCAUUAAGAAAGAGAAAUCAAACAUUUGGAUUCAUUUUAAUGAGCUCAGACUUGUUUCCAUCAUGGCUGAAUAAGUGGACAUCCAAUAGUACUCAGUGUAUCAAAUAUUAAAGAUAUUUAGUAUCUCUCAUGUUUCUGUUAUUCUAUAAAAACAGCUGCUUUAAAAACCGAUCCAAUCAAAGAAACAUGAACUUCCAUAUUGAUCAGAUCAAUACGUACAGCUCUGAUGUCACUAACAUCUCCUUGAACUCUUCAUUGAUGGUGAUUUGUGGUCCUCUGCUGGUGAGAAGAUGAACUGCAUGAUGUCAGUUUAAUGAGCACUGAUGAGAUGAAGUGUUUUUAAGUCUGCUUUUUCUAAUUGUUCAGGGUCCUGCUCCAGGAAACAGCUUCAACAAACACUGGCUUUCAAAAUAAGACCUCAGUCUGAGUUUUUAAAAAAGCUCUUACCUUGGAAGGAAUUGACAUUUAAUAUUCAUGUUAUCAGCCCAUCAAUGGGUGUUAUUAGCAGUUAUCAGCUUCAUAGCUGUGGCUGAGAUUGGCCCUCCUGCACCUGCUAGCAGGCUCAGUUAGUCAUUAUCACCAAUUGGUUAGCCGGAUCGCUGUUGGAGGGACGAUGAUGAAUCCAGAUCCAGUACAGACAGAAUCCACUUCACACUGAGAUGGGCGCAUGGCAGCUAAUGUUACACCCCUAAAAACGGGGAAAGAAUCACGAGAGUGAUUUUGACUUGCGUCUCUCAUGCAGUUCUUUAUUGCAAUCAAAAUGAACAUAAAUGUUUCACAUUCUGUAUUGCUUAAUGUCACAUGGUGGAAGGAAAAGAUAAAUAAUGAACCAAAAUGAUAAAGUGCUUACUAUACAUAUACCUGAACAUGUUUCCUGACAAAAUGGUUGACAAUAGAAACGUUUCUAGCUCCUGCCGUUAGCUUAAUGGACAUUAUACAGUACCAAACAGAGGCUCAAAACCACCUUGUCUCUGUGCACAAAACGACUGUGAUAUAAUGCUUCUAGAGCUUACAAAACAAUGAAGUGUUACCUAUUAAAUAUCUUAACAAUGUACAGAUUGCCUAUAUAUGAACUUUGAAACACUUUUACCUGAAAACAGUUGUGUCUGAGAUUGUAUGUGCAGUUUUUGUGUCUGAGCAGAGAGUGAGCUGGAUGGUGUGAGUCCCUGAUAAUUCUCUCUGCUCUUUUUUGGCCGUGUUGUGUGCACAGAAGGUCCAUGGAGGCAAGUUUUGUUCCCAUAAUCCUCUCUGCAGACUUUAUGACUCUCUGCAGAGCCUUCCUCUCUGUCUGUGUAGUGUUUCCAUACCAGACAGUGAUGCCUGCGGUGAGGAUGCUCUCUAUCAGUCCUCUGUAGGCCUGGGUGAGAGGGCGGUGGUUUCUGGCUUUCCUGAGCAGCCGAAUGAAAUAAAGCCUUUGCUGGGCUUUUUUCACUGUUGUUGUGGUGUUGAGAGUCCAGCGCAGGUCUGAUGAAACCUGCAGUCCCAGGAAUCUGUGGCUGUUUGCAGUCUCCACAUCUGUCCCUUUCACGAUAAGAGGUUGCAGGGGAGGGAGUUCCUCCUAGAGUCCAGUAUUAAUUCCUUGGUCUUGCCAUGUUGAGGAUGAGGUCGCUUUUCACACCAUAGACAAGAACAUUGUCUACCCCCCCUUGAUGAGCCCCAGGAUGGUGGUGUCCUCAGUUUAUUGGAGUUUUCCUGGGUGGAGACACAGUCAUGGGUGUACAGGGUGAAGAGUUUGGGGCUGAGGCAGCAGCCCUGUGGAGAUCCAGUGCUGACGGUGAGCUCAGCAGACACGUGUCCUCCCAUUCUCACCACCUGUUGUCUGUCUGUCAAAAAGUCUGGAAUCCAGUUAUGGGUGGGUGUUGGGAUGGUGAGGUAUAUCAGCUUGCCUGGGCGGAUGGUGUUGAAAGCAGAGCUGUAGUCCAGGAAGAGCAUCCUGACAUAUGUUCGGCUGCUUUCCAGGUGUUGCAGAGUGUGGUGCAGGGCUAAUGCUGUUGCACCAUCCACUGAUCAAUUGGGGCUGAAUGCAAACUGGAAGGGGUCUAUAGUUUCAGGGACAAUGUGAUUUGAGUCCCUCAAAGGAAGAAUUCUGUAUCUGUAAAUGGAUCAUGGACUUUCUGACCAACAGACCCCUAUUUGUUAGGUCAGGGCAUAACAGCUCUACCACCAUCACACUCACACUGGCGCUCCACAGGGCUGUGUGCUGAGUUCGUUCCUCUAUGAAUGCAGACCUAGGUAUUGAUUCAACUCCAUCAUCAAGUCUGCAGAUGACACCACGGUGACUGUCUCAUCAGGGACAAUGAUGAGCCUGCUACAGGGAAGAGCUAAAGCACCUAGCUGUGUGGUGCUGACAGUAACCUGCUUCUGCAGCAGCAAACCAAACCAGCAAACCAAAGAGCUCAUUGUGAACUUCAGGAGGGAGAAAACAAAUACCCAUGUCCCCAUCUACAUAAAUGGCACAGCUGUUGAACGGGUCUCCAGGUCUUGGGGACCCACAUCUCUGAGAAUCUGACCUGGUCAACUAAGACCUCCAGCCUGACCAUCAGCGCUUCUUUUUCUUCAGGACACUGAAGAAGAACCACCUGUCUACUGACAUACUGGUUAACUUCUACCACUGUGUGAUACAGAGCAUCCUGACCAACUUUGCCGCAGUUUGGUAUGGAAAUUGCUAUGUUGCUGACCACAAGGCACUGCAGCGGGUGGUGAAAAGACGUCACAGGGACUCCACUUCCUGCCAUUGAGGAUGUCCACAAGAAGAGAUGUCUAUGCCGAGCACACAUAAUUCUCAGAGACUCCUCUCAUUCUGCCAAUAAACCCUUCCAGCUCCUCCCCUCCAGUUAUCUAUUAUAGUCUGCUCAGAGAGCUACGCUUACACUGCGUUAGAUGUAUUCAUAGCACUCUGUAGAUCUGUUUACCUCACACCUCUACAUCUGUAUAUUUGUUCAUAGUACAUCUGUUUAUCUGCCCAUCUGUAUAGCAGUAUAGAACAUCUGUAUGCUAUACAGAUCAUCUGUAUAUCUCUACAUAUGUAUACACAGUACAUCUGUACAUUUGUCUGCAGUUCAUCUGUAUAUUUGGUCUCUCUGUACAUAAACUGUUUAUAACUAUUCCACCUUUUACACUACCCUUAUCUGUAUAUAUCAGUAUAUUGUGGACUAGAAUAUGUUUGAGAUGCCUCUGAGGAUGUUUAGUAAGAAAAAACAUUACAUCAUAAAUAUUAAGGUGCUCUACUGGAGUGAAGCAACUGGAAAGCUGCACAAGCAGAAAUGAACGUUCACUUUUCAGCAACUAUUAUAGUGGAGCCUGAAGCCUGAACCUACAGCGAGUGCAGCUCUGCAGCCAGAUCUGUGAGCUGAACUAAGUGGCAGCAACAUAAGCAUUUUUUUCCCACAAUUUUAAGCUGUUUUUUAGGAAUCCUAUCAUGAGAUUGGUGUGACUGAGGAGGUGAGAGAAUGUAUCUGGAAAAAGAAAUAAAAUUGCCUAAUACAGGGGUGGGGAACUCCAGGUCUCAAGCUCCAGUCUCCUGCAGGAUUUAGAUGUGUCCUUGAUCCAUUACAGCUGAUUUAAAUUGCUAAAAUACCUUCUAAUGGUGGGUGUGCAUCCUGGUGGGCUGUCUGCAGCCCGGGACGGUGACACUACCCCUCAACAGGUCUUGAAGUUCACCAGAGGCCUAUAAAUAAACUAAUCAUUUGAUUCAGGUCUGUUCACCAGGGUGAGAUCUAAAACCUGCAGGACACCGGCCCAUGAGGCCUGGAGUUCCCCACCCCUAGCCUAAUACAUCUAGGACACAAUUUAAAGCUUUACAAACUUAAUUAUGAUUAUGUUGUCUGAGAACUAACACAGAGCAGAAAACGUACCUUGUGAUUGAGCUAAUUUUUUUAUUAUUCCUCCACAGAGUGGACCAGCAGAGCUCAGAGGUUCCCAGUGGUCAGUCUGCCCAGCAGCAUCAAACACAGCUGGACUCCAUAUUUAUGGUCUGUACAUGUACAACAACUAUUUUUUACAUCUAUUCGGUUC